AUCCAAAGUCUCACGUGUUUGUUGCUCUAGCACAGGCACUAUUGGCAAUGGAGCAAAUCCUGAAAGUUGGAGACAAGGUGCUGGUUCUGUGGGAGGGUCGUAUCGACGGUGGAACAGCCACGGAUCUCAAACAGAAAGUUGCAGCUUUGGUAAAAAACGCUGAACUUUGUCAUUUCGAAAAUGUGGAGAAGAUGCUCGAGUCUGAACACCCAGGAUCCAGUUUUGAUGUUGUGCUCGUUGGUUUUGUUACGCCGAAGAUGAGACCGAGCUGUGACACCUUCGUUAACAUUAUCGGUCUACUAAAGCCGAAUGGAAAACUCCUUGUCAAGCUAAGUGGAGCAGGUCUGGAUUCUGGCAGCCUUGUUUACAACUUGAAGUUGUCUGGCUUCAUUGAUAUAUCUCAGAAUGCGAGCAAUGGAGAGAGUGUGGAAAUAACUUGUUCAAAGCCAAGUUAUGAGAUUGGGUCUUCCUCAAAGCUCCCGUUUGCUGGUACAUCCACUGGAAAUCAAGAACCCAGUUCAGACGUAGACAAGAUUUGGUCAUUGUCUGCACAAGACAUGCUUGAUGGUGAUGUAGACCUUGUUGAUCCAGACCAGCUGAUUACUGAAGAAGACUUUAAGAAACCAGACCCAAGUGAUCUCAAAGCAUGUGGUGGUGAGAAGAAGCGACGUGCUUGCAAAAACUGCACAUGUGGUCUUGCUGAAGAACUAGACCGUGAAGCAGCUGCCAAGGCUGCUGCCGCACAGCAGCCAAAGUCUUCAUGUGGAAAUUGCUACCUUGGCGAUGCAUUCCGCUGUGCCAGCUGUCCAUAUCGAGGCUUACCUGCAUUCAAGCCUGGUGAAAAGAUCGUCCUUACCGAAGACCAGCUAGCAGUUGACUCGUAAUAGUCAUGUGAAGAAUGAGUGAACAUCUUAGGGAGAAUAUAGCAUAUGAUGACCGUUGUGGGUCGUUUUGUGAGGAGCCAAAGUACUGUUGGCACGUUUCCUGUGUGCUUUCCUAUGUGAUCAUGGUUUGUCACCACAUGACUGCUGUACAACUUUUGUAGCGUUGCAUUUUAAUAAGGCAGUACACAUGUUGCAGUACAGGACAGUAGAGUGAUAAUUAAGGACACAACUUGUGUUUCACGUUAAGUGCAAGUUCCGCAUAUUGCUCUCCAAUGUAAAUUAAUGAAUGUGGGUGUUGUGAUUCUAAAAUAAUGCAUAUUGGAAUGUGCAAGGCAUGCAAAGUUUGUACUACACCUUUAAAUGAAGGUGCGUAAGUAGCAUAUGUAUAUACUUACAUUGUAUGAGGAUGUCUCAGCAGCAAAUCAGGCCUUUGGUUGCUUUUGUGUUCCUAACAGAAAUAUGGAACGGUGUCUGAUUGUCAACUUGCAUCCUUAGAGCGCAAUUUUUCUUAUUAAAUACAAAAUUUAGGCACUUUAUUGUGUACUUCCUUGCUGCCAUGACUGAAAUAGGUUCUGGCAUUUCAUUUAUUUAGAUUUACUAAAAUUGCACAAUUUUGCUGGGCUUUUUCAAAAAGGUCUGUGGUACACAGUAAACUGUUGGCAUUGCACCAUGCGGUGUGCCCAGUAGCCAGGAUCAUAAGUGCAAGUGCAGUCUAUGUGGAUAAAUAAAGCCAAUAUGUUUCUAACUACCA